AUGGACCCUUAUUUAUCCCGAACGCUUCAAUCACUCACUCGAAGUAAAAUCCAUGAGCUUGAGAAACAACGAGAUGCAUAUGAGCUGCGAAAAGUUGAGGCUCUCACGGGUGCGGACAAGUGUCCCACUUUGCGUGAGCGCGUCGAACAUCUCCUAGUCAGUACCAGGAAGCUGCUUCCAGUUUUGAACCGCGACGCGGAAAUUUUGAACAUCGAACACUGGGUUGAUCAGGCACGCUUUGACUCUUCGAUCCCAACCCAGAAGCUUGAAGGUUUCGAAAAAUACUUGCGCAAUAAGUUGGAGCCUCAUAGUCGCAAGCUUCAACUCGCCGAUUUGUAUUCGCGUCUUCUGACAGAGUGGAUGAACCCACCAUCUGCAGAAAAGGAGAACCCGGAGACCGCCUCUGGUGAGACUGAUGACUUUUUGGUGGUGGAGGAAAGACAAAAGCAGAGGUUGCAGCAGCUCUGUGACCAGUUUGAGGACAUGGUCUUCAAAUCCCACGAGACGGAUCCUAGCGAAAUUGAAGCCUUUCUGGACGCUCUCUUUCCCGACGAGGAGCAAAAGCAAUUGUUGGAAAAUUUCCGCGAUAAAGUGAGUAGAACCACGGAAUCUAUUUGGGAGCGAGAAGAUCCCUUCACUGUCGACUCCUUAUCAGCAUGCAUUCGUGGCAUUCAAUGUGAGGAAAUUGUCACCGACGAAAAACAAGAAACAUUGAAGCAUUUUGUCAACAAUAAAGUAGCUCUCAGUGAGAUUGCUGAUGUUCUCAAUAUGCGAUAUGCCGACCUAGACAAUUGGGAUUGGCAUGCAGGUGAAGAGGGUGUACCUGUCUUACCUCGCCAACAAUUGAACGGCAAAUAUCGAAUCUGGAUGGAUGAUGAUAUCCUAGAAACGAUCUUCGUUGAGCAUAUCUGUAUUAAACUGUGCAAGGAUUUGAAAUCGUCUUUGACUGGUCUCAUCAGCGACAAAAGAAUGUUCAACUUCGUGCAAGGACAUAAAAUGACCAAAAACGACAAAAUCCGCCGAAGAUACUACGCCAAAUAUGAAGCCAGUGGAUCCACGGCACAAAAACGGCGAGAAGACUAUUUCGAAAGUUUCUUCCUAGCAGCAAUGCCAGAAGGAGAGGACACCUUAGGCAAUCGCUUUGGUGGAUAUGACGACGACCCCGAGACGCACGAAAGUUCUGCACCGAAGAGUGUGAAACAGAAAUUGCUUCGAAAGAUAGUGACAGAAACUUUGCUGGAACGUCAUUUGAAUGGAGAAGCAGCUGUCAUUCAGACAGACUUGCAAUGGUAUGCGACCUCGAUUCCACACAGCACGGUUUACGCCUUUCUGGCUUACACCGGGUUUUCCGAUCGAUGGAUCAACUUUUUCCGCAAAUAUCUCGAGACUCCACUCAAUAUGGAUCAGUCUUUCGAGGGACAUGAAAAGCUUGGGCCACGAAAACGCAGAAGGGGAAUUCCGAUUGCACAUGCUUCAGAGAAGCUUAUUGGAGAACUUAUCCUCUUUUUUAUGGACCUUGCCGUCAACAAGGGAACUGGGAUGCUGUUGUACCGGCUUCAUGACGAUAUUUGGCUCUCAGGAGAGCCAGAGAAGUGUGUGAAGGCGUGGGAUAUCAUGCAGAACUUUGCUAAGAUCGCUGGACUCGAAUUCAACAGGCACAAGUCAGGAUCUGCGUAUCUGGGCGAUUCCAUGAGAAGCGAAGUCAUCCCCCGUCUACCAGAAGGUCCCGUAAGGAUUGGCUUCCUGAUGCUGGAUACAUCAUCCGGUGAAUGGGUAAUUGAUCAUUCCCAAGUUGAUGCGCAUGUCCGCCAACUCAAAACCCAGCUCGAUCAGUGCAAUAGCAUCAUUUCCUGGAUUCGUACUUGGAAUAGCUGUAUUGGUCGGUUUUUCAAAAACACAUUUGGAGAGCCGGCAUACUGCUUCGGACGGCCACAUAUUGAUGCUAUUCUCAGUACAUAUGAGCAAAUGCACAAGAUCAUUUUCGAAACAGCCGAGAAUCCAACGCAAUGCACAGUCGCUGGCUUCCUAAGGCAAAAGAUCGAAUCUCGUUUUGGCACAGCCGAUGUUCCGGAUGCAUUUUUCUAUCUUCCCGAAAAGCUAGGAGGUCUUGGUCUUCGAAAUCCAUUCAUUUCAAUUUCUCUCAUCCGAAAAAAGCUCAACAAGACCCCAAUGGAGCUGGUGGAUGAGUACUUGAGCGAGGAACUUUCCCACUAUGAAAGUGCGAAGAGGAACUUUGAGAAGACUACCCGGAAAGAUCGCCGUGCUCUCUUGGAGCAAUUGCAGCCCGAUCGCGCAUUCGAAAACCUCAACAUUAUUUCCACAGAGGAGAUGGAUCAAUUUAUGACGGUUGAUGAAUGGAACAAAUUGCGCGAAGAGGAAAGCUACUAUUAUACAUUGCUAUAUGAAGAGCUCAUGAAUGUUCCUACCUGUGCCGGUCCUCGUACUACUGCUGUGGUUAACGAUGCUAUAUCUGAUGCUCGUGAAGAUUUCGACCUUGGAAGACUGGGGAUAGAGACGAAAUGGAUUCUUGGUCUAUAUGCAGAGGAGCUGAUGAGAGAUUUCGGAGGAUUGAAUUUGGUGGAUAAGCAAUAUUUGCCUAUGGGUGUAUUGGACAUGAUCAAGGGCAAGAAAGUUAGAUGGCAGAUGGUUUUGUAA